GAAGACGUUUUAAAUAGUCCAAAAUAUAAGAAGUAAAAUAUACUUCUUGCAUUUUGCAAAUUCGUGGAAAGAAUUAAUAUUCCAUUAAAUUUGUCGCAGUAUUUAACUGGAAUAGCGGUCAAGGUUUUAUGCUUAAGUAGCAGAACGCUUAUCGACCUCCGCGCGUGGUUUAUUUCUGGCUUGCAAGUUUGGCUCGUUCGAAACGUGGGCACCAACAGCACGCCAGAUAUUGUUGCGAAUUCAUAGAUAGCGGUACGAGAAUUGCGUGAAUGUCGGCAACUGGCUUGUGCGAGUGACGUCUGAGCCAGAUUCUACGUGCAAGACAUACGUAUGAAUGGAAGAAAUCAGAUAUAUUUCGAUAUCGUGAUAUCUUCAUUAAUAAACAUUAGUGACAGCGAGUUCUGCUUCGCGUGAAAGCCUCGUCAUUACUGUCGUCAUUUAACCACAUCGAUCGUAAAAAUACCACCGCAGGUGGUAACUAUAGACGUUAAAAAUCACUUAGUGGAAUGACAUUUCAUAUUUACAAUUAUCGUUACAUUUACAAUUGUUGAUAAUUGCAAAUUAUCAGCAUUUAUAGUCAAUUUGCAAUAAUUUAGUGGUUUUGUAGCAUUUAUAUAUCGACAAUUCUUCCUUGCAACGUUAUUUCUUCUACAACGUGGAACCUCAAGUGUAAUAAAUCAUAAAAUUCGACAUAAAUUAAAAAUUGAAUAUACAUGAGAAACGAAUAAAUAGUGCAACGAAAGAUUAAAAGCAGUUCAAACAGCAUAGAAACUAUUUCGAUUUAAAGAUGAGUAGAGAUGAGUAAGAGACACAGAUAUGCGUCAAUAUUGAAAGAUUUUAAGCUUUCUCUAAGAAAUAGGAGAAAAAGGAGGAGAGGAAGGAAAAAUAUGAAAAUUUGAGCGCUAUAAAUCUGCAAUAACUACAAUUAAAGAUACACACAAUCGCCAAGAGUCACGGACCCGAUGUUUUCGAUUCUCAAGAAUAAAAAGUAAUGACGUUGACACUGUCCACGAACAGAAAUUUCAGCCAUUAGUUUCUUGAAAAAAUAAACGCGAGAAUAAAUAGUAGAAUAACAUUAAGCAUCCAGAAAUCAUUUAAAUAUUACUGUUAUUUGCAAUUAACAAGGAAUUUAGAAUUUAAAAAUAUAAUAAAAUAUAGCAAAGUUCUUAAUUUAGCAGGUAUAAAAGCAUCAUUAAUCUCGCAUCAGAUCGUCAAACUCGUGCUUGAUCUUCAUUAUUAUCUCGAUCAAGACGCGUGUCUAACAAGCCAUUUGAUCCCAUCACGUUCGGACAACACUAGCUGCUCAGAUCGCUUCAACUCAAGUCGUUUGACAUCUCUACGAGGAUAUAUACUGCAUGGACUUUGCACUGUACCCUAAGACGAUGAAGAACGGCGUGAAGAACCCCAUAGAUACCGCAGAUCCGAAUGAAAGUGUCACGUUGACAAGGUCAAAGUUGGAGACCUUCGAUGACAUCUUGCCAUACGUCGGUGACUUUGGUAGAUAUCAAUGGCUGCUUCUAUUGGCCUUGCUUCCCUACAGCAUGGCAUAUGCCACCCUGUACUUCUCGCAGUUCUUCCUUACCCUGGUACCGCAGGAACAUUGGUGCAAGAUAGAGGAACUAAUGUCUUCAAACCUUACGCAGGAAGAAAGAGUGGAGAUUGGCGUACCAAGGUCACAGAAUUAUCCGUACUACGACCAAUGCCAUCGAAGGGAUUUGGAUUUCUUCGCUCUUGUAAAUCAUAGGAAAGACAAUCGCUCGAUCGAAUGGAAGGCAAACAAAACCGUGUAUUGCAACCAAUGGGAAUACAAUUUCACGCAGAUCCCUUAUGCUAGCAUAGCGGCUGAGCUAGAUUGGGUAUGUGACCAAGAAUACUUCAUAUCGACGGCACAGUCGAUCUUCUUCUGCGGUUCCAUCGUUGGUGGCUUGCUCUUCGGAUGGGUCGCCGAUCACAGAGGCCGGAUCCCUGCUUUGAUGCUCUGCAACGGCAUCGGACUUCUGGCUUCGAUCGCAACUGCGAGCGCGAAUACUUUCUGGUCCUUCGCAGUUUGUAGAUUUCUCACUGGUCUGGCUUUCGACAAUUGCAUCAACAUCCCACUGAUUAUCGUGCUCGAGUAUAUGGCCGUGAAGAGGCGAACCCUUGUCGUUAAUGCUGCAUUCGGCAUAUACUUCGCCGCUGGAAGCACAGUUCUGCCAUGGAUUGCGUACUAUGUCGCGAAUUGGAGAUUCUUCGCCUAUGUUAGCGCAAUCCCGAUGAUGAGCGUCUUCAUCACGCCAUGGAUUCUUCCCGAAAGCGCUCGAUGGUUCGUCGCCAACGGCAGAAUAGAUAAAAUGCUGCAGAAGCUGCGGCGGAUAGCGAAGAUCAACAAGAAGUACCCUGACAUGCGCAUCUUCGAGGUCUUCGUCAGAAACUUGACCGCGACUGAUACCCAGAGGGAAAGCGCGACCAUCUUCGAUAUUCUGAAAUCACCACGUCUAGCAAAGAAUACCAUUCUACUAAUCUUCUUUUGGUCCUUGACGGUGAUAGCUUUCGACGGCCACGUAUACUCCCUCAAGCUGAUCCCGAGUUCGGUGUUUGUGUCCUUCUCCCUCGCCUGUUCGACCGAACUGCCGGCCGGGCUGUUGCUGACGUUGCUAUUGGACCGCUGGGGUCGCCGAUUCUGCGGAUUUAUCACCCUGGCCAUGACUUGCCUUUUCAGCUUCGCCGAACUGCUGUUACAGUCGAUCGCAGCGAAGCUGACGAUGUCGGUGCUCUCGCGAUUUUGCCUGAAUAUGGCAGCCAAUGUGGGCCUUCAGUACGCCGCCGAGCUGCUGCCGACUCCCAUUAGGACGCAAGGUGUUGCAUUGAUUCACAUUUUUGGCAUUAUUGCCCAUUCCAUUGCGCCAUAUGUGGUGGAUAGUGCCAAGAUUUGGUACGGGCUGCCGAUGAUGAUCAUCAGCAUCGUGUCAUUUGCAGCCGCUGCCCUAAUAUUGUUCCUACCGGAAACACUCGGUCGCGAUCUCCCGCAGACUCUACGUCAGGGAGAGGACUUCGGCAAGGAACAAAGCUUCUGGACGCUACCCUGCUGCGAUGCUACCCGACCGCGUUCGAAUCGACAACGAUAUUAUCAUUCAACCGAAUUAUAG